AUGGGUAAAUCUGACCCAACGGCUCCUCCUUCUGAGCAAAGCUCUUCUUCAGCACAACCUCAACACUUUUCCUCACCUGUGUCAGCUGAGCUGCAACGUGCUCCAAAUCCGCAAACUAAUGCCGAUAUUGCGUCUUUCCAAGAACCACCACCAGAUUAUCACACUGCAAUGAGCUAUCCUUCGCAUCCAAUGCCUUAUCAACAAAAUGCUUCGAAUCCUGCAUAUCCAAAGCCUCCGUAUCCGGCACAACCGUAUCCACAGCAUAUGCCAGCACCUAUGCCAAUAAAUGCUUCUGGAUAUUAUGCUGUUCCACCAUCAAACCCUGUUAUUGUGCAAGCCGUUCGCGGUGAUGUCCCGAUGCUUCGUUGCGCUCAUUGCCCACAUGGCGUGGUGAUUCGUGAGACGGAUGUGUGCUGCUUGGUUUGCCUCGUGAUUUUGGCCAUCUUCACAUUCCCAUUUGGAUUACUUUUCUUGUGCUGUGUUCCUUGUUCAAUCCAUCGUCGUUGCAAUGCUUGCGGCCGCAUUGGA